CGAACAGCUGGCCAAGCGAACCGAGCAUGUCACUUGAAUAGUUGGAAUUGUAGGCGUAGGCAAAAACAAUUCACGACUUUCAUUUUGCGAUUUCGUCCAGCGCCAUUGCAUUGAAGAGUCCACAUGAUGGAUUAUUCUGCGCCCAAAAGCAAGCUGAAGAAGCUCAGCGAAGACAGCCUCACCAAGCAGCCGGAGGAAGUUUUCGACGUGCUGGAGAAGCUUGGGGAGGGGUCCUACGGGAGUGUUUAUAAAGCCAUCCACAAGGAGUCGGGGCAGGUGGUGGCCAUAAAACAGGUGCCCGUGGAAUCCGACCUGCAGGAAAUCAUCAAAGAAAUAUCAAUCAUGCAGCAGUGUGACAGCCCCUAUGUGGUGAACUACUACGGCAGCUACUUCAAGAACACGGACCUGUGGAUCGUGAUGGAGUACUGUGGGGCAGGCUCGGUGUCAGACCUCAUCAGAGCGCGCAACAAGACACUCAGUGAGGAUGAGAUAGCCACAAUCCUCAAAUCAACCCUGAAAGGCCUGGAGUAUCUGCAUUUUAUGAGGAAGAUCCACAGGGACAUAAAAGCUGGGAAUAUUCUCCUCAACACCGAAGGUCAUGCGAAACUGGCCGACUUUGGAGUGGCUGGGCAGUUGACGGACACCAUGGCCAAGAGGAACACGGUGAUUGGCACGCCGUUCUGGAUGGCCCCAGAGGUGAUUCAGGAGAUUGGCUACAACUGCGUGGCAGACAUCUGGUCGUUGGGCAUCACCUCCAUAGAGAUGGCGGAGGGCAAGCCGCCCUAUGCAGACAUCCACCCCAUGAGGGCCAUCUUCAUGAUCCCCACUAACCCCCCGCCAACCUUCCGGAAGCCUGAGGCGUGGUCGGACCACUUCACUGACUUCGUCAAGAAAUGUCUUGUGAAGAACCCGGAGCAGAGGGCCACCGCCACACAACUCCUACAGCACUCCUUCAUUAAGAAUGCCAAGCCUGUGGCCACCCUGAGGGACCUGAUAGUGGAGGCCAUAGAGGCCAAGGCCAAGAGGCAGGAGGAGCAGCAGAGAGAGCAGGAGGAGGAGGAGGAAGAGGAGGAGGACGAGGAGAACUCCGAGGAGGAGGUGGAAGUGGAUGCCCACACCAUGGUGAAGACGGGCCUGGACAGCAGCAGCAGCAGUAGCACCGCGCGGACCUCAGCCGCUGUGUUGACGGGCACGGCCAGUGAAGGGGCACAGACUGCGAUGGAGCACGGGGGCGCCACGCUGGAGUCCAACCUGGGCACCAUGGUGAUCAACAGCGACGAGGAUGAGGGGGAAAGCGAAAAUGGCACCACAAGGAGAAACGUCACCUCCCAGCAUCCCUUGCGGCCCUCGUUCAUGGACUACUUUGACAAACAGGAGUCAAAGGUCAAGGCCCAGGAGAAGAACACCCAGGUCAAGCGUGACUCGUACCUCAUCACUGGCAUCAUCUUCCCCGACAACUGGAAAGUGCCCCAGGAUGGCAACUUUGAGUUUUUGAAGAAGCUGAGCUACGACGAGCUGCAGUUGCGUCUGAAGGCCCUGGACCCCAUGAUGGAGUGCGAGAUCGAGGAGUUGAGGCGGCGCUACAACGUCAAACGCCAGCCCAUCCUGGACGCCAUCGAUGCCAAAAAGCGGCGGCAGCAGAACUUCUGAGUUACGUGAACGGGACCCUGUGUGCAAGUGGACCAAGUGCAGGCCUCCUCCUGCCCCUGAUCCCACACUCCUCUCUCCAGCGCAGCCUGCCAACCCAAAGCAUGACAGGUCAAUAGAGACUCAGGCUACUCUGGAUAGGAUCUCGUUCUACCAGGGAGGUGUUUUCCCAGAGAGAUCUCUCCACCUCCUCAUGUGUUUGGCUGCUGUGCAGUGAGACUCAAAACAGUGAACUCACACCCUAAGAAGGAAUUUCCUUUUGGAGUUGAGUGCGCCCGUCCCUAAUGUACUUUAGACUAAUAACAGUCAAAUAGACUAACACAGAAUGUUGAACUAAGAGGCAGUGGGGGCAAACUGAAGAAAUCUGCAUGCUUUGUUUUGUAUUUAUAACACAUUAAGACAUCUUAUGUUAUUCCCUGUCCUCGGUUUAUACAUAUUGUACACCCAAGACUUUUAAUUCAAAGUGCUGAGUGCCAACAUGCAACCAUUUCCACUACAACUAAGGUAUUACUUUAAGAAUUUCUGAUGCUUUCUGAUGUCUGAUGUACAUGUUGAUGUGUUUAUACCAAAGAUGGUCUUUUCAUGCUACUUUUUGAACCUUGAAAAGGCAUGUCCAUUCAGUGAGACUAUUUUUGACCACAAGGGACCAUAUGAAGUGCCCUAUGGAGAGCAAUAUUACACCAAAAUAGUUUUGUUUGUUGUAUGUUUUAUUUCAUUUAUUUAUGUUUCAAGUCAUGCAAUCAUAAGUACAUUUAUAAUAACUAAAAUAUCCCAUGUUUUAUUUAAUUUAGAAUAAAAU